CCGAGGCGCUACCGUAAAAAAAAAAAAAAAAAAAAAGAGAGAGAGAGCACACUUUUCCCUCAGAGGCAGGCCCGGGUCAUGUGACACAACAAGGAGCCGCCUUUAAAAAGCCGCUCACCUGGCGAGGGGGAGUCAGAGCUGCUGCGCCAGGCGACUGAGUCGCGGGACGACGGGACAGGGAGGCCAGGCUGUUAUUUCGGGUGCUCUUACUGUGUAGCCUUAGCGCAGGGACACUCUGAACGUCCCUAAGCAGCAGACGUAGUACAGCACCCCACAGCCCUCUCUGGCUGUUAUUUUUUUGGGAGAUUCCAGGAGCUCCGGGACGGCCGCAUCCAUGACGGGCCGGGGCAGCUUCACCGAGUCGGAGCUCUCCGAGGAGGAGCUGGACGGGACCGCGCCAUGCGGGGACGGGUUCGAGGACAGCAGCAGCGACGACGGCGGCGGCGGCAGGAAGGGGUCGUCCCCCCCGCCCGAGAGCGAGGAUUUGGCGGGCGGGGCCUCCCCCGGAGAGCCCGGGGGGGCCAAGGGCCAAGGGAAGAGGCGGAGCCGGCCGGCACGGUCCAAGGCCCGGCGGGUGGCGGCCAACGUGCGGGAGCGCAAGCGCAUCCUGGACUACAACCAGGCCUUCAACGCCCUGCGUGCCGCGCUCAAGCACGACCUGAGCGGCAAGCGGCUCUCCAAGAUCGCCACGCUGCGCCGCGCCAUCAACCGCAUCGCCUCGCUGUCCGUCUUCCUGCGCGCCAACCCCGGGCCCGCCCCCUGCGCCGCCGCCGCCGUCGCCCCCCCGCUGCAACAGCGCCGGCCCUGCGUCCGUGCCGACUGCCGCGGCCCCGCCGACGAACCCGGGUCCGAGCCCCGGGAAGAGUGCGGCUUCCGGGCGCUGCCCGACCCCUACCUGUGCGGGCACCAGCCGACCGGCCUGCACGUCCACGGCCACGCCCACGGCCCCGCCCACAUCCUGCCGGGCGAACCCCAGCUCUACCCAGCGGACGCCGCGGGGCACCCGGGGCCCCCCUGCCCUCCUUCGCCGCGCUGCCCCCGCGCCUCGGCCGACGCCCCGCUCUUCGGCCCGCACGAACGAUACCCUGAGCUCCGCAGCCCCCCCAUCUACGCCGGGGGGGGCGGCGGCGGGGGCGGGGGCGGCGGGCCGGGGUCCGGCUACCAGUUCGGGGCCCGGGCCACCUGUCACCAGAACCACAUGGACGCCUUCGCGGACUGCCACCCCGCGCUGCCCCCCCUCGCCUGGCAGCUCGGCUACCUGCAGGGGGGGUCCGGGUUCCAGCAGUCCCUCAGCAUGCACUGACAGCCGGCCCACACGUGCUCCGGAGAGUUCCGGAAGGACGCCAGACAGGCAGGCGCACCAGGCGCCGCGAGACAGCGUGAGCGUCGCUCUCACGGCUGUUCAGGGGACAGAGACAGAACGC